UUUGCAGAGUAGGGGGCGUACCAUGAAGCUUGUGAGUAAGUGUGUGUGUGUUUAGGGGGGUGUCCUAUGGAGAGCCAAGGAGCGAAAAAAAAAAACGUUGGCACCGAUCCGUGCGACGCGCACACACUGAGCACAGAGAGCCUCGGCUCCGUGCGCGACAUGAGCGGCUCCGAGCGGGUGUUUUAACGGCAUGACGGCGGAUCGGAGGAGCUGCAGCUGAAGGACGAGAGGAGAGCCGGUAGAGACGCUCCAGCCCCGGAGAUCCGAAGAGAGCAGCGGCGGAGAGCGAGAGGCAGAGCGCCGGGGAAUCAUGCGGGCUCCUGCGCUCCGGCUGCUGGGUCUCGUGUGGCACCUCUCCGCGCUUUUACGCACCGCACAAAUGUACAAACUGCACCACAAACAAGAGAGCUUCAUCAGACAGCUGUCAGCGUAUGAGAUCAUCACCCCGGUGCGCUUGAAUGAUUUUGGAGAGUCGUUCCCGCACCGGCUGCAUUACCGCAGGAGGAGGCGCAGCACUGAUGCAGAGGUCUCGGGUUCGAGGGCUAAUUAUCGGUUUGAGGCGUUCGGCCAGGCGUUUCACCUGAACCUAACGGCUGAUUCUGGAUUCAUCGCUCCAUCUUACACAGUGCUUCACCUGGGAGAGGAAGAGAAGCAUGGAGACGAUGCAGACCUGCGCCACUGUUUCUUCAGAGGACACGUCAACGAUCGCAGGGAACACCACGCCGUCUUUAGCCUCUGCACUGGACUAAUCGGCACGUUCACGACACACAGUGGUCAGUUCUUUCUGGAGCCGCUGCUGAGCGCUGAUGGAGAAGAGUAUGAGGAAGAGCACAACAAACCUCACCUGCUCUACAGACACGAGUCACAUGACCCUCAGCCAUGCAGCGCUUCAGAUCGUCCCGUCCAUCACAUCAGUCUCCACGGCAACAGAACUCUGGAAGAGGAAGUGAUGUCGAUACAGGAAACGAUGCGUCCUGAAGACGGCUCUCAUUCCCGCCGGAAGCGCUUUCUGUCGUAUCCGCGGUUCGUGGAGCUGAUGGUGACGGCUGACGCUAAGAUGGUGCGACAUCACGGACUCAACCUGGAGCACUACAUCCUCACAAUCAUGUCAGUAGUGGCUGCGAUCUACAGAGACCCCAGUGUAGGAAACCUUAUCAACAUCAUGAUCGUCAAACUCAUCGUCAUACACAAUGAACAGGAAGGGCCAAAUAUAAACUUCUACGCCACUGCGACGCUUCAUAACUUCUGCACGUGGCAGCAGAGCCACAACGUUUUGGACGACAGUCACCCGGGUCAUCAUGACACGGCGCUGCUCAUCACCAGGGAGGACAUCUGCCGAGCAAAGGACAAGUGUGACACGUUAGGUCUGGCGGAGCUGGGGACGAUGUGCGAUCCGUACCGAAGCUGCUCCAUCAGCGAGGAGAACGGCCUGAGUGCAUCCUUCACCAUCGCUCACGAGCUCGGACACGUGUUCAACAUGCCGCAUGAUGACAGUCCGAAGUGCCGCGAGGCGGGGAUCAAGCAUCAGUACCACGUCAUGGCCCCGACGCUCAACUACGACACCAGCCCCUGGUCCUGGUCCAGAUGCAGCCGCAAGUACAUCACAGAAUUCCUGGACACUGGUUAUGGUGAAUGUCUCCUUGACGAGCCUUUGGUGAGGAUGUAUAACCUUCCCAGCCAGCUUCCAGGUCAACUCUACAACGCCAACCGGCAGUGUGAACUCAUGUUCGGCUCCGGCUCCCAAGUCUGUCCCUUUAUGAAACAGUGCAAGCGUCUCUGGUGCACUAGUGCGGAGGGCGACCAUAAAGGAUGUCGUACGCAGCACAUGCCGCUCGCUGAUGGGACCGAAUGUGGCUAUGGCAUGCACUGCAGGCACGGCAUGUGUGUAAAUAAAGAGAUGGACAUGAAGCCGGUUCAUGGUGAAUGGGGCCCCUGGGGCCCUUACAGUGUUUGUUCCAGGACCUGUGGAGGAGGAACACGCAGCACAACAAGAGACUGCAAUAAACCUGAGCCGAGGAACGGAGGCCGGUUUUGUGUGGGCCGCAGAAUGAAGUUCCGCUCGUGUAACACGGAUCCGUGUCCCCGGGGCCAGAGGGAUUUCAGGGAGGAGCAGUGUGCACAGUUCGACGGGAAACACUUCAACAUCAACGGACUGCCACCCUCCGUCCGCUGGGUGCCCAAAUACAGCGGCAUUGUGAUGAAGGACCGCUGUAAACUCUUCUGUCGUGUCGUGGGAUCGACGGCGUACUAUCAGCUGAGGGAUCGGGUCGUCGAUGGGACCCCCUGUGGACCGGACACAUAUGAUAUCUGUGUACAAGGCCUCUGCAGGCAAGCAGGGUGUGACCAUGUUUUGAACUCGAAGGCCAGAAAUGAUAAGUGUGGUGUCUGUGGAGGAGACAACUCUUCAUGUAAGACCCUCGCUGGAACCUUCAACAACGCACAAUAUGGUUACAACGUUGUGGUUCGGAUUCCUGCUGGUGCGACCAACAUCGAUGUAAAGCAGGUCAGCUACUCAGGAUUGCCAGAAGAUGAUAACUACCUUGCUCUGUCUGACAGUCAGUCCAACUUCCUCCUGAACGGGAACUUCGUGGUGUCCAUGUUUAAAAGGGAAAUCUCCUUUAAGGGAGCAGAGAUCGAGUACAGCGGAUCUAACACCACGGUUGAGCGGAUCAACUGCACAGAACGGAUCGAGCAGGAGCUCGUGCUGCAGGUUCUAUGCGUGGGAAACCUGUACAAUCCUGACGUCAGAUAUUCCUACAGUAUUCCCAUCGAGGAGCAGAGAGAGCAGUUUGUGUGGGAUCUGUCAGGUCCCUGGCAGGAGUGCAGUCGCGUGUGUCAAGGUGAGCGGCGACGGAAGGCCGUGUGUGUUCGUAAGAGUGAUCAUUUGGUGGUUUCGGAGCAGAGGUGUGAGAAUCUACCUCGACCCAGAGGCACAACGGAGCCCUGCAAUACUGACUGUGAACUCAGGUGGCAUGUGGCGGGCCGGAGCGACUGCUCCAGUAAGUGUGGCCCGGGUUACCGUACACUAGAUGUACUGUGCAUGCGCUACAGCCAGAACAAGAGGCCAAGCGAACGCAUGGAGGCCAGAGUCUGUGCUGACCUGCCCAAACCGCAGAUGCGCGAGGGAUGUCAUGGGGACUGUCUGCUCAAGAGCUGGCAGUACAGCGCCUGGUCUCAGUGCUCGAAGAGCUGUGAACAUGGUGUCCGGACGCGGCAGGCAUACUGUAUGAACAAUCUGGGUCGCAGGCUGGUAGAGAGAGAGUGUAGCGUGCAGCAGAGAGUCCUGAGCGAACCCUGCAAUGGCGUGCCCUGUCCCGACUGGAGCGCCAGUGAAUGGAGCGAGUGUCUGGUGACGUGCGGGAAGGGUGUCAGACAUAGACAGGUGCUUUGCAUUCUGGGAGAUGAGAAUCUGAAUGAGCAGCGCUGCAACCCAAACACCAAACCCUCAGCAGUGGGCAGCUGUGAGCUUCCCGAAUGUGCGUCCUGGCAGGUCGGAGCCUGGAGUCCGUGCACAGUGAGCUGCGGACAAGGAUAUCAGAUGCGAGCGGUCAGGUGUGUGUCGGGAGCGUACGGCGAGACACUGGACGACAGGGAUUGUAACGCAGCCGCUAGACCUCGAGACAGUCAGGACUGUGAGUUGUCAGCUUGUCCUCGUGCAGCAUCAGUGUUUAACACACCCAGACCAGCAGAAGUGGGUCAGAGACACACACAGUGGAGAUACGGCUCAUGGACCAGCUGCUCGGUGUCGUGUGGCGAGGGCCGGCGGGAGCGCUACGUCAGCUGUAGAGACGCUCAAGGCGGCGUCGCUGAAGAGUCGUCCUGUGAUCAUCUUCCUCGUCCUCCAGACUCCUCUGUGUGUUUCAGUCCCUGCGGUCAGUGGAGGGAAGGAGAAUGGACACCAUGCACGGUGUCGUGUGGUGUGGGUCGCUCCACGCGGCGGGUCGUGUGCAUGAGCUAUCAUCAUCAGCUGGACGAGUCGUUCUGUGACCCAGAUGAGCGUCCCAGCGCUGAGCAGGAGUGUGCGGCCGCCCCCUGCCAGUCCUCCUACCAAUGGCCCAACAACCAGCCCCACUUCCCCUACGACCCCAGCCGCCACAGCUGGAACGUCCCGUCUGCAGACAACCAGUGGAGGACGGGGCCCUGGGGAGCUUGCUCCAGCUCGUGUGAAGGCGGGAUCCAGCGGCGGGUCGUGGUUUGUCAGGACGCAGACGGACGCAGCACCAAUCACUGCGAUGAGAGAGUCAAACCUGACGAAUCCAAGAGCUGUGACUCUGGACCCUGUCCACACUGGAACCACGGCAUCUGGGGCCAGUGCUCACGCUCAUGCGGCGGCGGUCAGCGCACACGUCUGGUGGUCUGUCAGCGUCCCAACGCUCAGCGGUUAAACGAGCACAGCUGCGAUGUUCUGGACAAACCGGCCGAUGUGGAGCAGUGUAACGGCCAGCCCUGCGCCGCCGCCGCUUCAUGGCACAGACGAGCGUGGAAGCCGUGCUCGGUGUCCUGUGGGAAGGGAGUCAAAGAGCGGCAGAUCAUCUGUGUCGAUCAGAACCAAACACAGAUCCAGGAGCACAGCUGCGCUCAUCUCAUCCCACCCAGAACACAGAAGGCCUGUCGGGCCGGGCCCUGCCCCUCCUGGAGAGCCAAUCGGUGGAGAGAGUGUUCAGUGAGCUGUGGCACUGGCCUUCAGUUGCGUGAGGUCUUCUGCAGGUCAAAGGGCAAAGGUCGCGUCUCUGAUGAUCUGUGUGACGCACGAGUACGUCCUGAUCUCCUCCGCUCUUGCUUCCACAGCGACUGCCAGACGCACAGCUGGACAACACAUGACUGGAAGGACUGUAAUGUGAGCUGUGGCCGCGGCGUGAGGUCCAGAUCUGUGUUUUGUGUGGACGGAGGGAUGAAGGCGGCUCCGGACAGCAUGUGUGAUGCCUCUCUCAAACCCCCCACACACGAGCCGUGUCACAGCGCCACCUGCCUGUACGUCUGGAUCAGCAGCGCAUGGAGUCAGUGCUCGGUGAGCUGUGGCUCUGGAGUCCAGCGGAGGGCGCUGCACUGCUCUGCUUUGACCUCUGACCUGCAGACGUAUUCACACGCAUCUUCCUCCGACUGCAGCGAGCGUCCGCCGGCCGACAGCAGACCGUGUGUCCUGUCUGAGUGUCCGUCUGCAGACCGCUGGAGCGCCGGGCUGUGGAGCCAGUGCUCUCAGACGUGCGGCGCUGGAGUCAUGCACAGGACGGUCCAGUGUCUCAGCGCUCUAAACCUCCCGUCUCAGAGCUGUCCGCUGUCCAGCCGGCCGGAGACACACUCCACCUGCAGACGGACCGACUGUGAGCUGCACACCAGCUGUCGAGAAGUUCAGAUGAAGGGAGGCGUUCAGAAAGAUGGAGAGCACUACAUCAAAGUCCGAUCCAAGAUCCUGCAGAUCUACUGCGCAGAGAUGCAGAGCGGUUUCCCCAAAGAGUACGUGUCCCUGCGCAGCGGCCAGACCGACAAUUACUCCGAGGUGUACGGAUACAGGCUGCAGAACCCGUUUGAGUGUCCGUAUAACGGCAGUCGGCGGCAGGACUGCGCCUGCAGGAACGAUUACACCGCGGCCGGUUACACCGUCUUUCACCGCGUACGGCUCGAUCUCUCCAGCAUGCGCAUCAUCCCGACUGAUCUGAAGUUCAGUCAGACGUUGUUCGGUCGCUCCGUCCCGUUUGCGUCCGCAGGAGACUGCUACAGCGCCGCUAAAUGUCCUCAGGGUCAGUUUAGUAUAAAUCUCAGUGGAACAGGACUGAAGGUCACAGAAUCCACUAAAUGGGUUUCACAAGGCAACUACGUCAUGCUCAAAGUCCACCGCUCAGAAGACGGUAGCAGGAUCUACGGCCGCUGCGGUGGCUUCUGUGGGAAGUGUCUUCCUCAUACGGGCCUUUUUGUCAAAAUCCAGUAAGAAAGUCAUCCACUAAACCAGCUGGAGAAAACUCGUCCUGACUCAAUCCCGUGUGGUUUUUACGUCUGGCAGCUACGCUAAACAGAACAAGUACGAAACGUGCCACUUCUGCACUUUCUGAAAGAUAUUGAACCAAAUAACUGUGAGCGUCUUCACGGAUCAGGACGGAUCGAGUGCAGAUUGGAUU